AUGGACGUCAAGAAAAAGCCCAAAUCUGACCAGCUGAGAUGGGUGGUGAUCUACCCGGCCUACAUUUCCAAGAAGACGCUCGUGGAGGGCCGGAGGAUCCCUCUUGCCGAAGCCGUCGACGCGCCCAAUGUACCCGAAAUCGUCGACGUCCUGAAUUCAAUCCCGCUGCCAAAUCUGGUGGAAACAAAGAUGUACCCGAGGGAUCAACUUCGAAGCACCUUAUGCCAGGGUAGAGUGCGCGUGCAGCUAUUCAGUGAAGAUGGGACUCCGCUCGUUCCCGAAAUUACGACCCGACAAGCGCUCUACAAACACGUGGCAAAGCUGAUUCCGAUGCUCAAGACCAGACAGCAAAAGCCGGUCGUCGCCGCGCCUCAAGCCACUGUCGCAGCGGGUGGGAAGAAAAAUAAAAAGAAGCGC